UGCAUUUUCACCAUUCUUACACGUCAUUAUCUUGAACAUAUAUUUCAAAUGCCAUAAGCGUUUCUUUAUUACAUUACUUCACUCAGUGUUCUAAAAAUCGGAAUUAAUCGGCGAUUAAUUGCUGGCGGGGGCCUAUCCGACUAGAUUCGACUAAUUGCUAUGCGCCGAUUAACUGCCGAUUAUUAAUUAUCAUGCGCCGAUUAAUCGUCAAUUACUAGGCCUCAAAGAUGGUCCCCUGCCCGACUAGUGCCUAGCAACUUGUAGAACAUUGACUUCACUAGGUUGAGCAUGUUAGUGGACAAAGCACGCUAUAUGAGAUUGGGAAGGAAAUAAAUACCUAACUUACCUGACUCUUUCUAUAUAUACCCUUCACAAGCACCCCCUAAAAAACAAGAAAAAACAUAUAGCAACAACAACAUUAGGGGAGAGGAGAGAAAGUGCUCCCUACAAGUACAUAUACUCUCGAAUUCAAUACAUAACUCUAGGAAGACAAAUGGAGAGGAGCAAGAAGCUCAAAAUGUUACCCAUUUUGGCAUUGAUGGUGGCAGUAGCUGCGGCGACAAUCGAGCAAGACGAGAAGGAUUGUGCGGAUCAGCUGGCCAACCUGGCAGCUUGCAUUCCGUUCGUGAGCGGCACCGCCAAGAAGCCGACACAGCAGUGUUGUGAGGACACCCAGAAAGUGAAGAGUGCGAAGCCCAAAUGCCUGUGCGUUCUCAUCAAGGAGAGCGCUGACCCGUCCAUGGGCCUGCCUGUCAAUACCACUUUGGCGCUUGAAAUGCCUUCUGCGUGCAACAUUGACGCUAAAGUCUCAGAUUGCCCCUCUUUGCUCAAUCUCUCACCAGAUUCACCAGAUGCGAAGAUAUUCAAAACAGGUGCAGAUUCAAGCACGAGCUCGGCAACAAAUUCACAACCCACUCCCGCUUCAUCUUCAACGGGUACAUCAUCUUCUUCAUCAUCGGGUGGGACCGGUUCAAGAUUGGACUCAAAAGCAACUCCAAGUAGCAGUGGUGUGGGAAAAUUGAGCGGAAGCUUGUUGGUGAUGAUCGGUUUGGCGUCCGUAGCGUUGAUAUUCAUUUGA